CCAGUUUCGAUUCCUUCCUUGCUGCUUCCCGAGCGCGGCGCGGUGGUGUCUACCGCGGUCCCUUUGCGUCUCGUCGGGUGCCCCCAGGAGCGCGAUGGCCGAGCUCUUCCCGUUGGCCGAGGAGCUGUCUUGCUCCAUCUGCCUGGAGCCCUUCAAGGAACCCGUCACUACCCCGUGCGGCCACAACUUCUGCAGGUCCUGCCUGGAUGAGACGUGGGUCAUCCAGGGCCCGCCGUACCGGUGCCCGCAGUGCCGCACCGUGUACCAGGUGCGCCCGCAGCUGCACAAGAACACGGUGCUGUGCGCGGUGGUGGAGCAGUUCUUGCAGGCGGAGCAGGCGCGGACCCCCGUGGAAGACUGGGCUCUGCCCGACCGCUCCGUCGCUUCCAGCUCAGCCACCCAGGUGGCCUGCGACCAUUGCCUGAAGGAGGUCGCGGUGAAGACGUGCCUCGUGUGCAUGGCCUCUUUCUGCCAGGAGCACUUGCGACCACACUUCGACAGCCCAGCCUUCCAGGACCACCCCCUGCAGCCACCGGUCCGGGACCUGCUGCGCCGCAAAUGUUCCCAGCACAACCGUCUUCGGGAAUUGUUUUGCCCAGAGCAUGCCGAGUGCAUCUGCCACAUCUGCCUGGUAGAGCACAAGGCCUGCUCCCCUACACUCCUGAGCCAGGCCAGCGCCGACCUGGAGAACAAACUGAGGCAUAAACUCACCAUCAUGUACAGUCACAUCAAUGGGGCAAACAAAGCGCUGGAGGACGUGAGAGCCAAGGGGCAGAGUGUGCAGGAGUCUAUGACCAGGAAGACAGACCAACUGAGACAAGAGUAUAUGGAGAUGAAGGCCGUCAUCGACGCCGCGGAGACCAGCUCCAUGCGGAAGAUGAAGGAGGAAGAGAAGAGAGUCUGUGCAAAGAUUGACACCAUCCACCAGGUUCUUCUCAAGAAGAAGAGCGAGAUGCAGAAUCUGAAGGCAGAAGUUGAGCUCAUCCUGGGCAAAGGGGACGAGUUUGAGUUUCUGGAGAAAGCUGCGAAGUUGCAAGGAGUGUCAACGAAACCAGUGUACAUCCCAAAGGUAGACCUAGACUCUGAGCUGAUCAAGGGGAUCUACCAGGGUGCAGUGGACCUCAAGGCUGAGCUGAAGCUUUCCCUCAAGCAGCUACAGGAGAAGGCUGAGGAGCCCUCCGCCUCAGGUAACAACAGCGAUCCAACUCACACAGAGUCUGCGUCCAAACCAACACGCCCUACGAAGAAAACACCACAGGAAAAGAAGACCAAGAAAACCCCUGGUGCUGCUGGCCCUACCCUCUCCUCUUCCUCAUCCAACAAGCUUCCCACCUUUGGAGCUCCGGGACAGACAAUGGAUUUUAAAACAACCAACCCCGAUGCCACACCCAAAGCCAACGCCCCACAGCCAAACUCUACAGCACUCAAGGCUAAGAUACUAGAAAACUUCUUAACCAAGUCUAGAGCCGAGCUCCUGGAGUAUUUCGUUAAAGUCAUCUUCGACUACAAUACCGCCCACAACAAAGUGGCUCUCACGGACAACUACACCACCGCUUCUGUGGCUGAUGUGCCCCAGCACUACCGCUCCCAUCCCCAGAGGUUCACCUACUGCUCUCAGGUGCUGGGGCUGCACUGCUACAAGAAAGGCAUCCACUACUGGGAGGUGGAACUACAGAAGAACAACUUCUGCGGCGUCGGCGUCUGCUAUGGCAGCAUGGAUCGGCAGGGCCCUGAGAGCCGACUGGGCCGGAACCCCAACUCGUGGUGUGUGGAGUGGUUCAACAACAAGAUCUCCGCCUGGCACAACAACGUGGAGAAAACCCUGCCCCCCACCAAGGCCACGCGGGUUGGCGUGCUUCUCAACUGUGACCACGGCUUUGUGAUUUUCUUUGCUGCCACUGAAAAGCUCUAUCCGAUGUACAAGUUCAAGGUGGACUUUACUGAAGCUCUGUACCCAGCCUUCUGGGUGUUCUCUGCGGGCACCACACUCUCCAUCUGCUCCUCCAAGUAGGCAAGCCUCUAAGCCAGCCACAGACACUUGGCCUUGCUGGGAAAUAUCCAAGACUUGGCGG